AUGGUCGGAAAUUUCCAAACGUACAAGCGAGGACGCCGAGCUCUCGAAUCUUAUGGAGGCUCUAAAAAAAAUUCUCCGGUGAAGAAGUUUGGGAGGUAUCAAGCGAUUCACGCGGAUCUAACGGUGGUCGACGGCGUCAUAUUGAAAGCGGAUCGCAUUACGCUACCCGAAUCACUACGCCUGCGAGCGUUCCGUCUGGCACAUGACGACGCUCACCCCGGAAUAGUCAGGACGAAGCACCGAUUACGCGCAAGAUACUGGUGGCCGUCAAUGGAUCGGUUCAUCGAAGAAGCCAUACGAAGUUGCAAGCUCUGCUCGGAGCACGACAAAACAGUGGUACCGAACUCAGCUCCAAUCACCCCCACCGAUUUUCCGGAGUAUCCAUGGCAGCGUUUGGCCAUUGACAUAAGGGGCCCCGAUAGCACCUUAGGAUCUCAAUUUCGCUUCGCUAUCGCCGUCAUCGAUUAUCACUCGAAAUGGGCAGAAGUGGAGCUGGUUAACGAAGUUACUACGAGUCGAGUCAUCUCUUUCCUGCGGCGGAUCUUCAAUCGUGAGGGCGUACCGGAAACGUUGGUCUCGGAUAAUGGAGUACAGUUCACAUCAAGAGAGUUCAACGAAUUCCUUCAGGAGUAUGGUGUCAAGCAUUACAAGAGCCCAAAUUAUCAUCCGAGAGCGAAUGGAUUAAUUGAGAGAUUCAAUCGCACCCUAGGCCACAUGUUGGCAACGGCUAAAAUGGCGGGCGGUAAUAUCAGGGAUCGCCUGAUAGAGAUGCUGGGUUCAUACAAUUCGACACCUCAAGCUACGACCGGCGUUUCGCCGGCUGAGUUGCUUCACGGAAGACCACCCAAAACGAGAUUGGAUGUCAGCGGGGAGACUCCACUCGCUAGACGUCCCCUUUCCGAGAAAACCCAGGCACUCCGCGCUAAAGUCGAGGAAAACCAAAGCAAGCAGACAUGGUAUGCGAAUCUUCGGAGAGCAGCUCGACCACACAAUCUACGAGAAGGUGACUUCGUCCGAAUCCAGAAACCGUCGGUCACCAAAGGACAGAAAAAGUACUCAGACCCCGUUCAGAUCACACGCCAAAUGGGACGCGACACUUUCCAAACGUCGGAUGACCGGAUUUGGCAUGCUAAUCGUAUGGCCGCUCAUAGCAAAGCUCCCUAUGAACACACCACAGUAUCGACCGACUAUUUCGGCGAUAUCGACUUUCUGGCAUCUCCAACGGCAGCGGCAGAGACCGACGCGAGAGCGACGGGAAUCGAGACGACGCGCGACCUUCCACACAAACCGCCCGAACUUAUUGACGAGGGCUGCUCCGGUGACGGAAGAGAGGAAGGUCAAGAGCAGACACAGGGAAGUCUGGUUCUGAUGGAAUCAGAGGACUCGGAGGUGGAAACGAUCGUUGCCUCGGAGCCAGGCCCACUUGUGAGAAUGGAAGACGUGGUCUACAGCAAACGCAUGAGAUCAAGUACAAGUUCGGAAGCGACAAGCCAACCGCGACAGAGUAGAAAGCGACGGCGGACUGGGCGUAUGAUGCCCGCCUGGCUCCGCAAUAUUAAUGUUUGA